AUGACCUCAAUGUCGACCUCCACCACCACAGGAACAGCAGCCGCAUCAACCUGCACAGGCAACCGCUGGGUUCUCCCCGUACAAGACGUGGCAUGCGCCCUCCCCGCAACAGGGAACUACUCCUCCAUAAUGGACAAAUGCUGCUCCCCGGCAGCCGUGACCAAAUACAACGACGGGUGCGGCCUGUACUGUCUCGCGCAGGGGCAAAGCAUGGGCGACUUGCUGGACUGCAUCAAGGAGAAUGGAGGCAACAAGGAUGUGUUUUGUGGGGGCCAGUUGAAUGCUACCGCGACGGCGAGUUUGAGUGAGACGGCGUCCAGCACGGCGACGAGGACGGGGACCGGGGCGAGCGCGAGUGAGACGAGGGAUAAUGGUGCUCCCACGAAACGGGUGUCGGUUUUGGGGGUUGGAUUGGUGGCAAUGAUUGUGUGUGGGAUGUUUGUUUAA